AUGCAUCAGCAGGCGAACGAUCGAUCGUGCGACAAGGAAGCCAUCGGUGGGAACCACUACGGCCCUGUCAUGGUGUACCUGAGCAAGGUGGCAGACGCGACGACGGCCGAAGGGUCGUCUGGAUUCUUCAAGAUCGGCGAGUAUGGCUAUACGCCCGAGGACAAUGUGUGGGGCACCGACUUGCUCAACGAGAACUGCGGGAAGUUCGAGGUAACGAUUCCGGCCAGUCUCUCGCCCGGAGACUACCUGCUCCGGGCCGAGGCCAUUGCUCUACACGCGGCGUCGCAGCCCAACGGGGCUCAAUUUUACAUGACGUGCUACCAAAUCCGUGUCACGGGCGGAGGCAGCGCAUUGCCGGCCGGCGUCAAGUUUCCUGGCACCUACAGCGCGGCGGACCCCGGCAUCCAGGUCGACAUCUGGGGCAACGGGUUCAGCCAAUACACCAUUCCGGGACCUGUUAUCGCGUCUUUGUAA